AUGCCAGUCAAGGAAGAUGCGUGCAAUUCAUCUACGGUGGUUGUGGUGGCAACGCCAACAACUUCGAAACGAAGGAAGCCUGUGAGCAACGAUGCCUCGUUUCGCGAUGGCUGUUUCAUACUUGAGUGCCUUCUUCCCACACCAGCCAAUAUACCAAUGCCAAUACCUGCCUCAAAUGACGAGACCUUGGACCCAGUGUGCAAGUUGCCCAAGGAAGUUGGUCCCUGUCGCGCAGCCUAUCGCCGAUGGACCUAUGACCUCUCGAAGGGUCAAUGUGUUGAAUUCACCUACGGUGGGUGCAGAGGAAAUGCGAACAACUUCGAGACCAAGGAGGCAUGCGAAGCGAAGUGUGGAGGC